UUAACCAACUCUCUCUCUCUCUAAAUAUUUCAAAGUGGGUAUAUCUAAUUCUUGAAGAUUUUCAUUUCUUAAUUCUUUCUGGGUUUUGACAAAAAAGUGUUCUUGAUUGAACUUCCAUAACCAUUUCCAGAAUCUGGAAUGAAAGCUGGUCGAAGAAGAAAGCUUCAUUUCAGUAAGAUCUACACAUUUACAUGUGGAAAAGCAUCAUUACUAGAUGACCAUUCACAAAUCGGUGGACCUGGUUUCUCAAGAGUUGUCCAUUGUAAUGAACCAAACGAAUCCGAUCUCAGAAACUACACUGACAAUUAUGUCAGAACCACCAAAUACACAGCCGCAACGUUCUUACCUAAAUCCUUAUUCGAACAGUUCAGAAGAGUUGCAAAUUUCUUUUUUCUCGUUACUGGAAUCCUAGCCUUCACUCCCCUUUCUCCUUACAGAGCCGUCACCGCGAUUCUUCCUCUUAUCGUUGUAAUUGGAGCUACGAUGUUGAAAGAAGGGAUUGAAGAUUGGAGAAGAAAUCAACAGGAUAUUGAAGUUAACAAUAGGAAAGUUAAAAUUCAUAGUGGAAAUGGUUUAUUUGAGCAAACUGAAUGGAAAGAACUUAGAGUUGGUGAUAUUGUUAAAGUUGAAAAAGAUGAAUUCUUUCCAGCGGAUCUUCUUUUACUUUCUUCCAGUUACGAAGACGCGAUCUGUUACGUUGAAACCAUGAAUCUUGAUGGAGAAACGAAUCUGAAACUUAAACAAGCAUUGGAUGUUACUUCUUCAUUAAGUGAACAAUCAAAUUUCAGUGAUUUCAACGCAAUUGUUAAAUGUGAAGAUCCAAAUGCAAAUCUGUAUGCAUUCGUUGGAACUAUGCAUUUUGAAGAACAGCAAAACGCUCUAACGCCACAACAACUUCUUCUUAGAGAUUCAAAGCUGAGGAACACUGAAUAUGUUUACGGCGCAGUCAUCUUCACCGGACACGACACUAAGGUUAUGCAAAACGCGACCGAACCGCCGUCUAAACGAAGUAGAAUCGAGAGAAAAAUGGACAAGAUCAUUUAUUUCUUAUUUGGGAUCUUGUUCAUGCUUGCAUUCAUUGGAUCGGUUUACUUUGGGGUGGAAACGAAAGAUGAUUUAAAUGGAGGUGAAAUGAAAAGAUGGUAUUUAAAACCGGAUGAUUCUGAAAUCUACUUUGAUCCUAAAAGAGCUCCUGCAGCUGCAAUUUUGCAUUUCCUUACCGCCAUUAUGCUUUACAGUUACUUAAUUCCGAUAUCUUUAUAUGUUUCCAUUGAAAUCGUUAAAGUUCUACAGAGCAUCUUCAUCAAUCGUGAUAUCAACAUGUAUUACGAAGAAACCGAUAAGCCUGCGAAUGCUCGAACCACGAAUUUGAACGAAGAACUCGGCCAAGUGGAUACGAUUCUCUCGGAUAAAACUGGAACUUUAACUUGCAAUUCGAUGGAAUUCAUUAAGUUUUCGGUUGCUGGGACUGCAUAUGGAAGUGGUUUUACUGAAGUUGAGAAGGCCAUGGCUAGAAGAAAAGGAUCGCCAUUGCCAGAGAACAAAAAUGCAGUGGUUGCUGAUCAAACGAAGAAGAUAAACGUAAAAGGGUUUAAUUUUCAGGAUGAAAGGAUUAUGAAUGGAGAAUGGGUUCAAGAGCCCAAUGCCAAUAUUAUUCAGAAAUUCUUCCGGUUAUUAGCUAUCUGUCAUACUGCAAUUCCAGAGGUUGAUGAUGAAACGGGGAAGGUCACUUAUGAAGCAGAGUCGCCUGAUGAGGCUGCGUUUGUUAUUGCAGCCAGAGAGUUUGGUUUCGAGUUUUAUAAACGCGCACAGACUAGUGUUUCGUUGCACGAAUACGACCCUUUCUCUGGUGUAAACGUCGAAAGGGAGUAUAAGAUCUUGAAUGUUCUAGAAUUCAACAGUACGAGGAAGCGAAUGUCGGUUAUUGUAAUUGACAAGAAUGAAAAGAUUUUGCUACUCUCGAAAGGGGCAGACAAUGUUAUGUUCGAGAGGCUGGCUAAGAAUGGAAGGAAAUUUGAGAAGGAAACCAGAGAACAUGUUAACGAAUAUGCUGAUGCCGGUUUGAGGACUUUAAUACUUGCAUAUCGAGAACUCAACAAGGAAGAAUACGAAGAAUUCAACAAGAAAUUUGUCGUGGCCAAGAACUCUGUUAGUGCUGAUCGUGAAACACUGAUCGAUAAUGUUGUUGACAAGAUGGAACGAGAUUUGAUUCUUCUUGGCGCGACUGCUGUCGAAGAUAAACUCCAACCAGGGGUUCCCGAGUGCAUUGACAAACUUGCUCAAGCAGGAAUAAAGAUUUGGGUUUUGACAGGCGAUAAGAUGGAGACGGCUAUCAAUAUCGGUUAUUCAUGUAGUCUUCUUAGACAAGGAAUGAAGCAAAUAGUAGUAAACUUAGAGACACCGGAAAUCAAAAUGUUGGAGAAAACAGGAGAAAAAGAUGCAAUUGCAAAGGCGUCGAAGGACAGUGUUGUUAGUCAGUUAAUAGAAGGAAGGACUCGAGUAAAGACUUGUACUGAAUUUGAGGCGUUUGCUUUGAUCAUUGACGGAAAAUCGCUCACUUAUGCUUUAGAGGAUGACGUGAAGAGCAUGUUUCUAGAACUUGCUGUCAGUUGCGCGUCGGUUAUCUGUUGUCGCUCUUCCCCGAAACAAAAGGCAUUGGUUACAAGACUAGUGAAAACAGGAACCGGGAAGACUACUUUAGCAAUUGGCGAUGGGGCCAACGACGUGGGAAUGCUUCAGGAAGCCGAUAUCGGAAUUGGAAUUAGUGGCGUAGAAGGAAUGCAGGCUGUCAUGUCUAGCGAUGUCGCGAUCGCCCAAUUCAGAUUUUUGGAGCGUUUACUCCUUGUGCACGGACAUUGGUGUUACGGAAGAAUAUCAAAUAUGAUAUGCUACUUCUUUUACAAAAACGUCGCGUUUGGUAUCACUGUAUUUCUAUACGAGGCACAUGCUUCGUUCUCUGGCCAGACGGGUUACAAUGACUGGUUCUUAUCGCUAUAUAAUGUCUUCUUCACGUCUCUUCCUGUCAUCGCGUUAGGAGUCUUCGAUCAGGAUGUAUCUGCCCGGUUUUGCCUUAAGUUCCCCUUACUAUAUCAAGAAGGCGUUCAAAACGUGCUCUUUAGCUGGCGGCGAGUCCUGGGGUGGAUGUUCAACGGUCUAGUAUCAGCAGUCAUCGUGUUCUACCUCUGCACGAGAGUCCUCGAUCCACAAUCAUUCGACGGCAAUGGAAAAGUCGCGGGAAUAGAAAUUGUGGGUGCAACUAUGUACACUUGCAUAGUUUGGGUUGUAAAUUGCCAAAUGGCCCUUGCCAUUGGCUACUUCACAUUAAUCCAACAUCUAUUCAUAUGGGGAGGAAUCGCUCUAUGGUACAUUUUUCUACUCAUAUAUGGAGCCUUACCUGCAGAUUACUCGGGCAACGCAUACGAAGUUUUCAUCGAGUGUUUGGCGCCUUCGCCUAUGUUCUGGAUCGUUGUUUUCAUGACCGUUGUUUCGGCUCUAGUUCCAUACUACUUGUAUGCAACUAUCCAGGUUAGAUUCUUCCCAUUGUAUCAUCAAAUGAUCCAAUGGAUUAGAUUGGAGGGUUGGGCAGAUGAUCCCGAGUAUUGUAACAUGGUGAGACAGAGGUCUUUGAGGACUACAACAGUCGGUUAUACAGCCCGUUUAGCUGCGAGUCAGAAACACGAAUAAAAGGUUUUUCCAACAAGAUGUACAGAAAAUGAAGCAUGUUUUUUUUUUAUUUGUCAAUUGUCAUUUAAAAAGUUUUAGAAUCACAUAAAGAAAAAAAGAGCCCCGGAAUCCAAAUUUUGCGGAUGUACUGGUUGUUUAAUCUGUUUAUUCGUUCUA